AUGCACUUCAGCAUUAUUACCCUCUCAACCGCUCUCCUCGCCACCAUGGCGUCUGCCCACACUGUCGACUGCGGCGGCAAAGCCCUUUCAGCCCCCAUAUUCGGCCUCCGCGACUCCCUCCACGUCCUCCGCAAGGUCGUGGACGGAAAAUCUGACAGAGAUUACGAGCAGAGGCGGUACCUCGAGCCGAACCUCUGCGAAGAGGUUUCGUGCCUCGAGGGGACGCAGAUUCGUUGGUGUAAUGAGGACCCCGACUACGGGCGCACCAUGGAUCUGGUCCAUAUUGUUGAAGGCGCCUCGGUGCUUUUCGCCGAGUGUCAGGAGGUGUACAAGGGGGAGUGGGUGGCGGGUGGUGUGCUCUACCACCCUGACAAGUGGACUGUGAUUGUGCAGCAGGAGGAUGAGUGUGAGCCGUAG